CUACACUCCCAUCACACACAAGGUGUCAGGGUCGGCGUGCAGGUUGCAUCCAUCUCAAAAGAGCUUAAAAUACAUGGUGGGCCUUUCUCGGACGAGAAGUGCCACUGCCCGGACGCAUGCAGGGCACACUGCGCCGACGAAUGCUGGAAAAAAUGUGGUGGCAUCAAUGCGAAAUUCAAAAUCUCAGCCGAUGAUGUUCGCGAACUCCCACCCGCAAGUCAUUCGUGGUGUCGUUGGGCAACGGCCGUCCAGCGGUAGAUCACCUCAACACCCGAGCACCACAAUAAGACACGGGGUAAAGGGGACAACAGAGGCUCUGUGCUGGUACCGUCUCCCGGCCACAGGAGGUUGGGUACCUUCAGCGCGGGCGGGCCACACGGCUGUGACCGUUGGUACUGACAUGAUAAUCUUCGGUGGUGUCGUCAACGGGGAGCGAGUAAAUGAGCUAGCGAGCUUCGACUUUCGCACACGAGUUUGGCGCCGCCUAGACUCAAGCGAGCCACCAGGGAACGCACAAGGGAGAACUCCACCUCCUACCGCGAUGGCCACCGUCCCGGCCCCCCGAGCUUAUCACGUCGCCUGGGCAUUCGGCGACGAUGUCUACAUUCACGGGGGCGAAGGACCCACAUUAUCGAGAACGGACACCAACGACCCUGACCUGGACGGUGUUUUUGGGAGUGUCGGGCGUGAUCUCUUUGCCGCGGAGGAUGGUGGGGCACCCCUGGAUCCCGUCAGGGUCGUGAGGGGGGCCGGCGCAGGGAAGGGUGCAGCUGCGUCUGGUCACAGAGUUCGCAGGACGGGUCCUUCUUGUGGUGUGGAGAGACGGCCUUCUGUGUCGGUGCUGGAGGACCUUUGGAAGCUAGACUUCCGCACGCUACGGUGGGAAAGGUUAUCAUCUCGACUUGCACCACUGGGGCGAAAGGGCCACACCGCUUCGGUCGUCCCUCUCCGAGAUCGGCCGUGCGUCCUGAUCUUCGGGGGUGCUCCCGCAGGGCGGCGGGGCCUCAGCAACGCCCUCUACUCCGUAGAUCUUGCCAUGCUCUCAGCCGGCGAGGGAACCUGGGAGCGCCACAAACCGUCCGGGGCGGCGCCCGCUCCGCGACACGGGCAUAGCUUGACAGCUGUGGCUGGGGGUAAACGACUGGUGCUUUUUGGAGGCAAGGCGGAGAACGGGAACUGCCUUGGCGAUAUACAGAUCCUAGAAGUAGGCGGCGGCGGCAGCCUCUCGUGGGCAGUCGUACAACCUCCCGUCGGAGACAUUCCGGCCGCUCGUCACGGGCACUCGGCAUGCGAGGUUCCCACCGCAGCGGGGGAUGGGGCGAGGAUCUCUCAGGGUGCGGGCGUUCUCGUCUUCGGCGGGGAGGAGACGGCAAACGAAGGGCCGGAAACCCGGUCUAUCCACUCCCACAAGAUGCUCCUGUACGAUCCGAAGGAAUCCCGAUGGCAGGCCGUCGAAACGGGCCACGCCUUCCCUAUCGGUCGGCACGAUCACUCGAUGUCAUCGAUCGCGGGGUGGACACCACCGUCGUUCCACCCAGAUGGCACGCUCACAGCGUCCGAGCUAGCUCUGCCGCCAACAACAACAGCAGGUUGCGAAGGAAACGCCACCGGUGUCACCUGGGCAGCAGCGGGGAAGGACCGGCGGGUCGGCGGCAGUAGUGGGACCUCCGCAGGCGGGCGGGAGCCAGGUACGAGGUCGACAGUGGCACCACCGGCCAGCAGCCUCCCGUCAGAGGCAGCCGUUUUCCAGUGGGGAGAGAAGGCGCCCACCUGUGCCGUCCUUUUCGGCGGGCUCAACUCCAUGUUCGUGAGCCCGGAAGUGUGGAUGCUGCCGUUGAGGUGGGGUGAGAGAACGGUCCCGUUUUUCUCCCCGAAAUCGGAGCCGGAACCGAAUCUCCGACGGGGGGAUGGAGGUGCCUUUGGGUCGGGUGGCAACGCCGACGGCGGGAAAAGGGGACUUGGGAUUUCGACAUCCGGCAGGGUAAAGGGGGGAGUGGCGACGGCGGCUGCGACGGCGCAGAGUAGGGCUGCUGCUUCCGCGGACGGCGGACGCAGGGUACAGGAAGUAGGAGGAGCCACCAUGAACAAGAUUAGAACGGGAGAUGGCUCAUGGCGCUUGUUUCAGGCCGGCAGCACUGGUGUUGAGAACGUGAGAGUGAAGCAUCGUAGGGCUAGCCUGCCAAGUGGCUUCGCUGGCCUUGUGCUCGACUCCAACCAUUCCAACGGGGAGCGGCCGAUUCACAAAACAGGGGUCGCUGAGCUUCCAGGGGUGGCGACGACCGAACCGGGGGGCGACAACGACGAGCACAACGGGAUAGCGGAAGCAACGGCGGAGAUCGAGGCCGAGCUGCACCGUCUCAGGAAAAUCGCCUAUGUUUCGGAGAAGAAGCUGUCGGCGGAGGUGGCCACAAGGAUGCAUCUUGAAGAGACGAUCAAGGAGAUGCAGGACGAGACGAAUAAGCUACGCUUUUCCAAGGAAUCGGCGGAGAUUCAGCUGCGAGAGGAGUCAAGACGUCACUGGCAUGAGGGCCAGAAGGCGAAGGCGCAAUGCGCCAGCUUCGAACGGCUUUUGGCGGAGGCCUACGAGCUGAUCAAUAUGAUCGAGCUGCAACACCACCUUCAGGUGAAGUCUUUGAUGCCCGCGCUCUACGGGGACCCGCGGCUGAACCGAGAGAUCCAAGACUCGGGUGAGCAACGGGGGAUCGACAAAAACUCCCUUCACGGACCGGGGCAAUGGCCGCCGCAGCACCACCAACAGCCGCAGCACCCUCUCGAGAAUGGUGACGGGAACCACCCAGGAAGGACCGCUGAAGGCAGCCGUAGCAGCGCGGGGGCGGCGAAGAAUGAAGCGACGGAGGACGCAGCAGCUAGGCAGCUUGGGGAAGUCUCGGGCCGCGGCGGAGCGGAGGCUACCGUAGCGGUCAGAAUAGCAGGGACCUUGGGUGGAGGGGGCCCCCUCGUAGCGGUCUAGAAGUCGAUUUCGAGCCCGAAAACGACAAGCCCAUUAGUGAGCUCUUUUGUGUGCGUCUUGUUGACAGACGUGACCCAGCAAUAUAGUGUAGACGCACGCCUAGCGUGUUUUUUCAUAGAAAAGUGGAUGACAUUGGAUAACCCCCCACCCGAGGGGUUGAUACACACUGCACGGUUAGGGGUAGAUGGAUCGGAGAAGCCGACUUGCUACUCUUUUCUAACUUGUUUUCGAAAGAACGCGAGGGACCGAAGUGAUGCCAGAAGAAGACCAGCGAUGGACGUCCCUUGGUCCAGUGUCGUGGAGCAGCUUUCACGGAAUUAUCUGGUGUGCACGGACAAGAGACAGCCUAGGCUAGGUUAUAGUGAGUCAAGGCACUACACUACCGCCGUACAAGAAACGAACGCUAUUGGAACUCUU